AUUUAAAAAAAAAUAACCAAGCAGAAGGGUUAGCCAACCAAACCCAAUACGUGUGCAUUUAAACAAGCUUAAUGUUCGUUUUUGGGUGCAGAUUUCUAAUAGCUAUUGGACCUAAAUAUAAGCUAUAGGUAUAGUGAAAGAGCGUAUAGAGAACCCCCCUGCUUUCAAGGUGACCUUGAAUUUGCAGUUAUUGCGCAUGCGCGUGGUGCGUUUUCUUUCCCCCCCCCUUGAGGUCUUCCAAAAUGGCGGCCGCCUGCAGUGCCAUACUGCUGGGCAGGGCUGCGGCCCAAUUAGUGGUGCGUGCGGUAAUUAGAAGGCCCUUAUGGUCCCAGUCAAUCAGCACUUUUGCCCGGCAGCCAGAACAAGUGCCUUUCCGUUUUUGCAGCACAAGGGCCAGCGAAGAAGAACCUACAGAGCCAGAUACUUCUGCCAGAGAAUCACGUUUUAAAGAGAAGCCAUGGGAAUAUCUGCAGAGUGAAGAAUACAUAGAACGAUAUGGCAGCAAUCCUGUCUGGUUUUCCUACAGGCGUAAUCACAAGGGGCUGUUUCCACCACAGAAGACCCGGAAAACUUGCAUUAGAGGAUCUAAGGUGUGCAGCAACCCCUGCCCUAUCUGUAGAGACCAUAAUCUUUUCCUGGAUUAUAGGAAUGUGAAACUUCUUGAACAGUUUAUUUCUCCCAAUACUGGUAUCAUCUACCAUCCAACACACACAGGCAUCUGCAUGAAGAAAUACAAGCAACUGACCCAAGCUAUUGAGGAGGCUCAAAACAAUGGUCUUUUAUUCUUUACCAUCCCCUUCACCAGUUUCAAAGAUGAGGAUUACAGCAACCAGCAUCCAGCCGUCUCCAAGACCCCUUCAGCUCCAGCUCUGCAGAGCAAGUCUGCAUGGUAUGACUGGUAUGAGUGGCAGCAGCCCCCAGAGAAGGAAAUUAAGGUCCUCAGGAAGAUUUACAAGGACUUCUUGAAGGAGGAGUGUGGUCCUCCUCCAUCGUCUAGUAGGUGACGACGGACAGAAUGCAAUGGUUCUGAAGGUUGCCAAAUUUAUAUUUAAACAUUUUCCAAAAGGCAACUUGGCUGUGACCCUAGUUGUCUUCUAUUUUUUUCUCAUUCCCUUAGGUUCUCGUAUCAAUAAAAGCAAAGCUUACCCAUGGAUCUUGCGAUUCAACUUUUUCUGCAAUCAUUUGAUGUGAUAAAUGUGUAUAUCCAUGAGUGGGUGGAGGUUUCAGGCACAGGACAAUCAAAAUAGUCAGUGCCAUAUUGAAACAGAUAUCAAAACCUGUUUUCUUGUUACAUUAAACAGCUAUGUGCAGCUAAAAACUUUAUUCUCCCUCUGCCACCAUUUUCAUCUUGAUAGAGAUGCACAGCAUUAUAAAACCUUUACCACGUAUGUGUAAAUUAUCUAAAAUGUAAAACUCAGUUUCUUUGAUCAGUUUUGAUGCAUGUGUGUCAGCUAUCAGCAUAAGCCUUCUCAGGGUAGUUUCUGACUCUUAAGCUGUGAUAUCUAAAGUACAAAAUUCAUCAUAUGGUGAAAAAUACUACUCAUGAAAAUAAAAAAGAGCAGUUAAAAUAGUG